AUGCGUGGUGCACUUUUCUUCCUGGCGGGAUUGCUACCCAGCGUUCUUGCUGCUCCUUUAUCCCUAGGAAUCGCAUUUUCGUCCACAGAUGGGUUGCCGGAAUUGACGUUGCCAUAUGCGACAUAUAAGGCGUAUUCAUAUGAUGUUACGGACGAUUAUUACACCUUCAAGAACAUCCGGUUCGCCGCUCCUCCUGUCGGGAACUUGCGGUGGGCUAAACCCGCCGCACCAUUGACCCAGAGCGGUGUUCAAGAUGGAACAGUAGGAUAUCAGUGUAUGCAAGCAGCUCCGCAGCAGCUAUUUGUUGCAUACCCGAUCUUGCAAUCUCUUGAACCAGCAUCGGAAGAUUGUUUAUUCCUUGAUAUCCAGGUUCCUGGCGCGGCUGUGAGGGGAGAAGUCAAAGACCUGCCUAUUCUAUUUUGGAUUUUUGGUGGAGGAUAUGUAUUGGGGUCGAAAUCCUUCUUUCUCUACGAUGGAAAUCCGUUCCUAAAGGCUAGCGGAAAUAACUUGAUCUAUGUAGCACCGAAUUACAGACUCGGUGCAUUCGGAUUUCUCAAUGGACCAACCAUGGAGUCCCAAGGUACUCCAAACGCUGCAUUUUGGGAUCAGAGGGCAGCACUUCAAUGGGUCCAAGACUAUAUUUCCCUCCUUGGAGGUGACAAGACAGCAGUCACCGCUAUGGGAGAAUCUGCCGGUGCCGGCUCAAUCAUGCACCAUCUCACUGCCCAAGGCGGAACUCUCACCCCGCAGUUCAAGCGUGCAAUCUUGAUGUCCCCGGCCUUUGAGCCACUCUAUGAUCCUGGCCGUCUUGAAAAACAGUAUCAGACUUUCGAAGUCAAGGCUGGAUGUAAAGGUCUUGGUCUUGCAUGUCUGCGUACAGUAUCAUCAGACGUCCUGCAAGCCGCGAAUGUCGCGACGGUUUAUGACUCUCCUUACGGGACAUUCGGGUAUGGUCCCGCAGUGGAUAAUGAUUUUGUCAGGGACCUACCUGGGAUUGAACUGGCGUCCGGUAAUUAUUAUAAGGAUGUUACCAUCAUGCUCGGCCACACAAGCAACGAAGGAUUCUUAUUCGCAGACCCUACAAAGAUCCUUAAUAGCCAGAUCGAUGCACUUCUCAAAGACAAUUUCCCCAACGCGACUACCCAGAACCUGGCCGAUCUCGAGACACUCUAUCCCGAACCCAGUCUUUUUGGCACGUUCCUUACCAACUAUGCCCGUCUCAGCGCCAUUAUCGGCGAAUGGGUUGUAACUUGCAACUUCCGUUAUCUUGCACAAGCAUUCCCAACCAAAUCAUGGGGAUACCAAUUCUCAGUCCCCCCGGGAAUUCAUGGCUUUGAUCUGAUCCUUGCGUUCUGGAGGAGCGAUCUGAACAUCGGGCAGGUUCUGCAGGUUGAUUUUGACCUUGAUUUCGUUACACAAAAGAACUUGGCGACGGGAUUCCAGAGCUACAUCACAAGCUUCGUGAGGAGUGGAGACCCAAACACCUACAAGGAGUCUGGGUCAGUCCCGCCGACAGCAACCUUCCCAGUGACGAAUGCUGGCGAUACUGUGAAGGUUUUGGAUGUGAACAUUUCGGGAUACUCGACAAUCAACGAUCCAGAUAUGGAUAAGACGAGGUGCGCGUACUGGCAGAGCGGAGCGUGGACUGGGAGGUAG